AUGAGCGUGGAAGAGGGCGACAACACCUCAGACAGGACUAUACAGAACAGUUCCGUCUUGGGGCACCUUUUGGAAUUUUAUCCGGAGAAAGGCAACUUUGAAGUUUAUGUGAAACGCUUUGAAGCUUUCGCAACUGCAAACAAGAUUGACCUGGCUACCAAGCAGCAGGUAUUUCUCACGCUUAUCGGGGAGGCGGCGCUCAUCACGCUUCGAAAUCUGCUCUUCCCGAAAAAGCCUGUGGAAGCCAACUACGACGACAUCGUCAAGAUCCUCCUGAACCACUACGCUCCCAGGCGUUCGGGGGUGGUGGAACGAUACAAAUUCUACCGAAGGGAUCAAUGUCAAGGUGAAAACAUCUCUGACUUUGUCGUGGAAAUCUUCGGCACGUCUCUAGAGGAGGCGCUUCGAGACCGUCUCAUCGCGGGACUACAGAAUGACGCAAUCCGCUUCAAGUUGCUGGCGAUAAACAAUAAAGACCUCACCUUCGACCAGGCUUACAGCUCUGCCUUGGGAAUGGAGGCGGCGCAAGGCCAAAGCAAGGAGGUUCGGCGAACAGAGGAACCCUCAGCUAGCCCCAGUGUCCAAGGCGACGUCAACUGGCAGCGAAGGUCCACAUAG